AUGGCUACCGACAACGCUACAUCUCGACCCCGCAAACAAUUAAUCCUCAAUGCAUUCGUUGAAAUGUGUAGUGGCCACCAGUCCCCAGGACUGUGGCGACACCCAGAGGACGAAUCGCACCGAUUCAACGACAUCGACCACUGGAUUGAGCUCGCAAAGCUUCUAGAAUCCGCCAAGUUCCACGGAAUCUUCAUCGCAGAUGUCCUAGGUAGCUCUUAUCCCCAAAUACCUCUAGAAUAUACAUGGAUAGUAACCUCCCCAGGCGGCUACGACGUGUACAAAGGCCCCCGCAACCUCGAACCAGCCAUUGUAUCUGGCGCGCAAUGGCCCGUUAACGAGCCAUUAGCUGUCGUACCUGCCAUGGCGGCCGCGACACAAAAUAUCGGCUUCGGGGUGACAGUCACAACGACAUAUGAGCAGCCGUAUCAUCUUGCGCGUCGACUCUCUACUAUUGAUCAUCUCACUAAGGGACGGAUAGGAUGGAACAUCGUAACGGGCUACCUCGACUCCGCAGCCCGUAACCUAGGCCACACCCAACAACCCCAGCAUGACGACCGCUACGCCCAAGCCGAAGAAUACAUCAAAGUGACCUACAAAUUAUGGGAAUCCUCCUGGCGCUCCGACGCCGUCGUGCUGGACCGCACCCGCGGAAUCUACACGGACCCAACCCGAGUCCGCGAAAUCAACCAUACCGGCAAAUACUUCACCGUCCCCGGCCCCCACAUCUGCCAACCCAGUCCGCAACGCACACCCGUGAUCCUCCAAGCGGGGACAUCCAAAGCCGGGAAGGCGUUCGCGGCACAGCAUGCCGAGGCGAUCUUCGUGGCGGGACAUAGUCCGUCCGUGGUGGCGAAGAAUAUCGCGGAGAUCCGGGAGACGGCGAAGACGCAGUUUGGCCGGGAUCCCGCGGGGAUUAAGUUCCUGGCGCUGUUGUGUCCGGUGCUUGGGAGGACGGAGGAGGAGGCGUGGGAGAAGUUUAGGUAUUUCAGGAGUCUUGGGUCGAUUGAUGGUGCGUUGGCGCUGUUUGGGGGCUGGACGGGGAUUGAUCUCGAUCGGUAUGGCGAAGAUGAGGAGUUGAGGCAUGUGGAGAGUAAUGCUAUUCGGUCUGCCGUUGAGGGUUGGUCCAAGGCGACUCCGGAGGUCGAGAAGUGGACGAAGGCUACUGUGGGUCAACAUAUCACGGUUGGUGGGCUGGGUGCGACGCCGGUGGGAACGCCGCAGCAGGUGGCGGAUCAGAUGGAACGGUGGGUGAAUGAGGCGGAUGUGGAUGGGUUCAACCUGGCGUAUGCUAUCAAACCCGGCUCCUUCAAGGAUAUCAUUGACUUGCUGAUCCCUGAACUCCGUAAGAGAGGCCUCUUCUGGGAUGACUACACUGUCAAGAAGGGAACGUACCGCGAAAACAUCUACGGCAAGGAAGGGCAGAGCGGCCCGCCGGCUGAUCAUCCAGCUGCAAAAUAUCGCUGGCAUGCGGGCGUUGAAGCAGCGGAUCAUCCGGUUCCUGAGAACUGA